AUGGAAGGACCACCACUGAAACGACGCAAGACCAGGUCGGACCUGCCAGGUCCAACUCCUCGAGCGGCUCCAAAGUCAUCGCAUGUGGCACAUCGACAGCCAAAGAGCCCAAGGGACGACGGCGGUCGGUCUGUCAGGCCCAGGCCUCUGCACAUCAACGACAAGAUGAGGGUGCUAUGGCAAGGGCGGGACUCUGAAUGGGAGGAGCUCGAUGGCGGUGCAUUUGCCCGCUGGGUGCAAACCUGCGAUGAUGCAGCAACGGCCAAAGCACUGAAGGAGGCAGAUGCCAGUGCAAAACCCCAGGUGUUGGUGGUAGGGCAUAGCUUCAAGGCUCUGCCAGAGGAUGAGGGCGCUGCAGGGACCAGGGACAAGGGAGUGGCUGCAGCAGGGACAUCUGAAGUUGGAGCGGAUCCAAUAGACGUCCCCAGAUGCAGACAGCUGUCCAAGGCUCGGAAAGGCAGCGAUGGCGGGGCAUCAAAGGGUGAGGAGAGCGUUGAGGGCCAGUAUGUGCGCUAUGUCAGCCCAGAUGGGGACUGGGCUGAGUCAAGGGUGGAGUAUGACAUGGAUGAUGAGGACGAGGAGUGGCUUGCACAAUACAACAGUCAGGCGAGCUCACGAGGGCCCAGGGCGCUGUCAGAGGACACAUUCGAGAUGCUGGUGGACCAUUUUGAGAAGGCGCUACAUGCCUUGCUGCAGCAGAGGGUGGAGCUGUGUCCAGCGCUGACGGAUCCUGCCUCCGAGCCUCCAGACAUCAGCGGCAUGUACACCCUGCAGCGCGCUUGUGACAGCGAGGGGCUGGCGCACGUCCACAAGGCGUGCAUAGAGGCGGUGUACGAGCACUGGUGCAAGAAGCGGCUCAAGGCGAAGCGGCCGCUGCUGCAGCGGCUGUGGUUCGAGCACCCCUGGGUGCAGGUGAGGGACGCCGGCAAGGAGGCGCGGCCGGGCGCCCAUAAGAGUAGCGAUUCUGAUCUGCCCUUCAUGGGCCAGGACGCUCCGCGGCCGCCCACCACUCGCCCUCGCAGGAUGAACGCGGAGGACGCCCUCUACAAGCUGGAGUCCAUCAGGACCGACCUGGAGACGAUACGGACGAUGGCGGACCAGGUGCGGCGGCGGGAGAGGGGGAAGAAGCGAGAGCUGCUGCUGCUGCGGCAGCAGUGGCGCGUCCGCGCGGGCCUCGUCCCGGACGGCGCCGACAGAGCCGCCGCCGGCGCAUCGGACGGCUCUGCCGCGCUGCCGCGUCUGCCGCUGGAGCCGCCCCCGGACCGCGAGGCGCGCCUGGCCAACAAAGCGGCUGCGGCGGUGGCGCGUGAGGCUGCCACGCUGAUCAGCGCGCAGGUCAUGAUUGACCCCAGCAGCCCCGGCGACCAGCCGCCCUGGGAUGCAGAGCCCGGGCCCUCCUCGCGACAGGCGGAGAAACGGGAGUCCCUGCACAAGCCUGGUGCCGAGCAUGCCGGGGAGUGCUUCUGGUGCAAGGGCGACGGCAACCUGGCUGGCUGCUCCUCGUGCCCCCGCUGCUUCUGCUUCAACUGCUAUAAGAUCCGCCCCGGCUACGGGAUCGUCAAUUGGGGCAAGAUGCUGAAGGCUCCAGAGUACAGCUGCCCGGUGUGCUCUGGGAGGGAGCCAGCCUCCUGCGAGGGCGACUCGGUGAACGGCUAUGUGAGGAAAAGCCCGGGCACCCAGCUGCCGCUCCGGGGCGUACCCAGCGUCCGGGGCCGUGGGCGCGGCCGCGGUCGGGGCCGGGGACGAGGCCGCGGAAGAGGCCCGGCAGGCCGCAUCCUGGUGCCCUCGGCAGUUGCAGAGUCCAAGCCAGCAGAUGAGGCCGAGGCAGCAAUCAGUGCUGCAGCACUAGCGCAGCCGGUCGCCAAGCCGGCAGCAGCCAUGCGCGUCGGCAAGCCGGCCGCGGGCCGCAAGCAGCACGCGGCGCCGGCGGCGCGCGACGGGCUGCGGCACGCGAAGCAGAACUACGAGAAGCUGGCCGGCGUCAAGCGCAGCCGCACGAAGGCGGCCGCGGCGCGGCGGCUCAUCGCCUCUGCGCGACGUGCCCAUGUCGCCAAGCGCGUGGUCCCGCGCCGCUCCGAGCAGGCGGCCAGCAAGGGCAGGAAGCCCCCACUGCAGAGGAAGGCUUUGCCGGAGGCCCCGCCCCCGCCCAAGAAGGUACGGGUGGGGGAGCCGGCUGCCCCGGUGGAGGAGGCAGCCUCAAAGGCGUGGAAGGGGCCGCCGGCCAUCACGCUGUCAGCUGUGCGCGGGCGCGGCUCCUCCCGCGGCGGCCACCUGCGGCAGGGCAGCUCACGGCAAACUUCGGCAGGGGAUCGCAAGAGCGCACAGCCAGCAGACAGACCGCGAGGGGGCGGUGCGUCCAAGCCAGCCGCAUCCUGUCAGCAGCCUGCGGUGGUGAGCGCGGCCUCGGUCGCCGGGGCCACCACCACUCAGAAGACGGGCAUUCCCGGCAUCGAGCGCUCGCUGCGAUUGACGGGGCAGCCGCGCCGCAGCGCGCGUGUGGAGUAUAUCUGCACCUGCCGGCGGCACGGCACCUUCCGCCAUGAUCGCGUGCCUCGCAUGGUUGAAUUUUUCAACCAGCAUUCCAUCGCUGGGUGCCGGCCGGAAUGGGCGCAGCUGGCGCAGCAGCCAGGGGAGAGCUCUGCGGCGUGCGAGGAGCGUCUGCGCACAAUCUUCUCCUUCAGCGCGGCUGCUUCACCCUCGGGGUCUCUGCGCAACCUCACAGCCGCGCAGCCGAGCGCCGCCUCGGGGCAGCGGACCGAGCCAGGGAACGCCUCCGCAGUGAAUGGCAAGGUCAAGCCGGCCUGCAAGCUGCCUGCCAAGCCGCAGCUGUCCGUGCUGGAGCGGAGACGCCUGUCGCAGGCCCAGUCCAAGCCGCUAGCGGCGUGCGCAGCUGCGGCCCAGUCCUCACAGCAGCAGCGGCGGCUGCCUGCAGCGGCGCCGGGCAAAGCAGCAACCAAGCAGCCGAGCCGGCUUGGGCAGAAGCAUGGCGAAAGUGGCUACCGCCUCCAGCCCAUACUGGCCACGAUGAGCAAUCAGUUUGCAUGGAUGAUGCUCUAUGCGCACAAGUGA